AUGAUUAUUCCAGAGCAGCCAGACGUGUGUCCAUUCCCUGAUUGUGGGAUGAAAGUUGAUAUCAUAUAUCCAGUCUCUACCUCUGCUAGGAGAGGUUCACAAUCAUCCCAAUCAAGUGGAACUUCGGCCUUAUCUAAUUUGAUGGGCGAAAAGUUUAACCUAUUUUUAUCAAUACCAGAAGAUCCGAUGGAGGAAGUCGAGAAUACCUGCCCAGCCAAAGAUAGCAGUAAGAAACGAACUAAUACAUCCACCGAAGAGUUAACUAGUAAGAAAAAGAAGACAUCUGAUAAGGAAGGCGAUUCCGCUAUGUUGAAAAAGCUUGUUAAGGAGCUAAAGGAUAAUAGUAACAAUCAAGAAUUGUCAUUUCCCACCCAGUCACCCGAAGAUAGUUAUACUCAUCUCUAUAAAGAAAUCGUUAAAGCCGAAACUCAAAAUAAUUCUGCUAGUCAAAGG